CUAAUCGCGCUCCUCACUCGGAAGACGCACGGCGUUCUCAUCCCUCCGCCCAAGCCCCACGACAUGUCCUGGGAGGUCGCACACGCUCGUACUUCUCUGGUCGACACAUCGCGCAAGGAUCCGUACAGCCCGAGCGAGGACCGGAAGCUAGGUGUCUCGAUCUUCGUCCCUGUCUUCAAGCCUUAUUGCACGAAGCAAUGCGACAAUGUCUACAUGCCGGACCAGACAGCCCGCACAAGCAAUCUCCAGUUCUUCGGCGAUGAGAACGCGAACGUCUUCGAGAAACUGUACUUCAAGUCAUGCUGCGCUUCAUAUGGCGAGACGGAUCUGGGGGCCCAUAGGCUCGUGGUGUUGGAGCCCGGCGUGGCUACGAGCCGGGAGGUGUACAACCAGCUGGCCCGCCAGAUGAGCGCGAACGGGUUUGUGGUCGUGACCAUAGAUCACCCACACGAUGCUUCUAUCGUGGAAUUCCUUGACGCGAAUGACAAGAGCGUAAUCGCCAACAACGGCACCGUGGACCUAUGUUCAUUCAGCCCGGCAACAUCUUGGAACGAUACAGUGACUAAGGCAGUCGACGCCAGAACAGACGACAUCAAUUUCAUGCUUACCCAGCUGAGCAACAUUUCCCUCUUCGAGCGUCUCUUUCCGGACUUGAAGCUCCACGCCGGCUCGCCUUUGAACUCGGAUUCGUUCGUUAUCAUGGGUCACGGCCUUGGGGGUACCGUCGCAACAAUGUUCUCCGCUCAAGACAAACGGACCGUCUUUUCAAUCAACCUCUCCGGCACCACUCCAGUGUUGCAGACAGAUGUCAAGAACCACGUCAUCUUCUUCGGCCGUGACGAAUAUACUCGAGAUGAUGAUGCCAACUGGAAGCAGUCCUGGAAGCACUUCACUGGCUCAGUCGUGGAGUGGGACAUGCACAAAGGCGGUCAGAUGGACUAUACUGAUUUGCCAUUGAUGGUGAGUCUG